CGCAUGCGCGGUGCGGCGGCGGCUCUUAGGGCUCAUAGGGGUGGUCGCGGUGGGGGGGGGGGUCUCCUUUGGUUCUUAACGGGGUGUGCUCUAUUGGCCUGGAUCACAUCCCUGCCCCCCCGGGUUCCUCCGCUGUGAUCACAGAGGUCUGCUCCUCAUCGCCCCCUUCCCAAGGGGGGGCUCCGCCAUGGCCAUGACGGGCCCGACACCGUGUUCCUCUAUGAGCAACCACACCAAGGAGAGGGUGACCAUGACCAAGGUGACGUUGGAGAACUUCUACAGCAACCUCAUAGCGCAGCACGAGGAGCGGGAGAUGAGGCAAAAGAAGCUCGAACAAAUGAUGGAGGAAGAAGGCUUGAAAGAUGAGGAGAAAAGGAUCAGGAGAUCAGCACAUGCACAGAAAGAAACAGAGUUCCUUCGCUUGAAGAGGACAAGGCUCGGCCUGGAGGACUUUGAGUCUUUGAAAGUAAUAGGCAGAGGAGCGUUUGGAGAGGUGCGGCUUGUCCAGAAGAAAGACACGGGGCACGUUUAUGCCAUGAAAAUACUGCGUAAAGCUGAUAUGCUGGAGAAAGAGCAGGUUGGCCACAUCCGUGCUGAGCGGGACAUCCUUGUGGAAGCAGACAGCUUGUGGGUUGUGAAGAUGUUCUAUAGCUUUCAGGAUAAGCUGAACCUCUACCUUAUCAUGGAGUUCCUGCCUGGAGGUGAUAUGAUGACACUCUUGAUGAAAAAAGACACGCUAACAGAAGAAGAGACGCAGUUCUACAUAGCUGAGACUGUGCUUGCCAUUGAUUCUAUUCAUCAGCUGGGCUUUAUCCAUCGAGAUAUCAAACCAGACAACCUUCUUCUGGACAGCAAGGGCCACGUGAAGCUCUCAGAUUUUGGUCUAUGCACCGGACUGAAGAAAGCCCAUAGAACAGAGUUCUAUAGGAACUUGAACCAUAGCCUUCCCAGUGACUUCACUUUCCAGAACAUGAAUUCCAAACGGAAAGCAGAGACGUGGAAGAGGAACAGACGGCAAUUGGCUUUUUCUACCGUGGGGACUCCGGAUUACAUUGCUCCUGAAGUUUUCAUGCAGACAGGCUACAACAAGCUCUGUGACUGGUGGUCGCUGGGGGUCAUCAUGUAUGAGAUGCUGAUUGGUUAUCCACCUUUCUGUUCCGAGACUCCUCAAGAAACCUACAAGAAAGUAAUGAAUUGGAAAGAGACCCUCACGUUUCCUCCUGAAGUCCCAAUAUCUGACAAAGCCAAGGACCUGAUUUUAAGAUUUUGCUGUGAAUGGGAGCACAGAAUUGGUGCAUCUGGUGUGGAGGAAAUAAAGAGUAAUCCAUUCUUUGAAGGGGUUGAUUGGGAGCAUAUAAGGGAGAGACCUGCUGCAAUUUCAAUAGAAAUUAAAAGCAUCGACGAUACCUCAAACUUUGAUGAAUUUCCAGAGUCUGACAUCCUGAAGCCAACAGUGGCAACAAGCAACCACCCGGAGACGGACUACAAGAACAAGGACUGGGUUUUCAUCAAUUACACCUAUAAGCGUUUUGAGGGCCUGACAGCCCGAGGAGCAAUACCAUCCUAUAUGAAAGCAGGGAAGUAAUUAAGCUUUACCUGGGACAGCUUCUGAGCCGUGGAUUUCUCUUUUUGUAACUUUUUUGGGUUUUUACCCAUAAAUGAACUUUUUUUUUUUAAACAUGAAGUUACUUUUUUAAAGACAACUCGAGGGCUGUUACCUCUUGGAGGAGACUUCAGGAUGCUGUUCUGUUACACUCUAUGGCUGUUACAGAGGAUUUGCUCUUUCUUGCACCAUUGCAAACUCCCACAGACCACAUGCCAUCACUGCUGCAAGUGCUGCUUCAGGAGCAACAAGGGUCACAGUUUCCUUUCUAAACUCUUCACCAGAUUUGUCCAGUCCUUUGGGAGAUAGAAGCAGGCCUUCAUGUGACAUUGCAGAGCGUGUGAUGUCCACAUGGGCCCUUCACCAGUCCUGCAUUGAGUGAUAAACUCAACCUGCCAGUUCUAUCAGCGUUUUCCUGGUUGCAAAGGGCUUCAGUACAGAGGAGACAAAGCAAUAAUUAAAGCUCGAGGCAGGCAAGCUAUCUAGGAGGAGACAACUUGUAUUGCCUUAACUUUACUUUGUAGUGGUGGGUAUCCUUUUUCUUUCCUAAACGAUGCUACUUGGAAGCCUCUUCAGCAGCAUUUCUCAGCUCCGUAGCAGUGGCCUCAAGUUGCAGAGCACUUUACUUUUGGUACUAAAGCAGCGACCCCCUCAAAGCCAUUUAGUGUUUUCUUUUCCUAAAUUAAAAGCAAUUGCACAACGCUUUUUCUUUUCCAGACAGUGCUAAGAGAAAUGGGGAGCUUCUUCCACCAGGCACCACCAGUUCUCGGUUCUUAUAGGACGCAUCUAUAAGCAAUGUGGAUAAUGAAGACUACAGCUGGAUCCAGAGUUAGUGCAGAGAGAUGGAGGUUAAAACAGCAGUGGUGGGUGUGUGGGUCCAGCUGGGUUGGCCAUGGGCUUCAUGCUGCUGCCAUCUGUUGGCUGUUUUGAGACGGGCAUCUUCAUCGGUGGUUAAAAGCAUCUUCUGUGGCCUUUUUGCUCUUGGUUUGGAGCAGAAGCAGCUUGUCCCUGUGGUCUCCAAAAGACACAGUGCCUCGCAGGGUCAGUAGGCUGUGGGUCCAACCACCCCAAACUCACAUUCUCGCCUUGUGUCAUUUAUACAAGUUCUGAUCAGGCUGCUCUCUAGGAGAGCCCCAAAGUGCCUUUCCUUGUCUGAACAUCUCUGGACCCACACCCGCAUUUUGGGAGGGAGGAUUCAGCCCCAUCUGAGUUUUAGGUAAUGUCUUGUUACCAAUCACAAGCUCCAUAUUGGCCCUGUUCUGCACUUAGCUCUGCACUUCCAGUGACAGGCAGCGUUACCCUUUGGGUUUGCUUGGUACCAGCCUUGUAAUUUGCAAUUAGAUGUUUGUAAUGAGGUCUCUAAAAGCAUUGAUCAGUUAGAACUGUCUUCGGGUUGUUAAACCUUUGUUGGUGCUGAACACUAAUGGCAUAGCAUGGCCAGAAAAGCUAUUUAGAAACAAAAUAGAGCAGUGUUCCAAAGCAAUAGGAAGGCUCUGUUACGCUUAGUCCUUACUUUCUAGAUUAGGAUACGAAAGAAAAUAGGGUUUGUUGUGAAUUUGUUUUAAUAGGUGCUUUUAAGGACUCUUCACUUUGAUGUCUUUUGAACUGAGUGCCAUUGUGAGGGCCUGACUGUGGGACUGGAAGUUGUCUGUAUGUAGUUAAGACUGGGUGGUGACUUGCUGCAUCCUCUCCCCAACCACCCCUUGUGCUUUUGGGAUGCGUCCCAGGGGUUGAACUAUUUGCCAUAAGCAGCUUAGAUACCAGUUGGAUCCUAGAGAAGCUGAAAUGCAAGGACAGCCUUAAUCCAAGCACUGCAGGCAAUAGAAAUUACUUGUGAAUAAGGGCUAACUGAAGUCACGAUCAGAUUGUCCUGCCCUCAUCCUGCAGUUUAUUUGGAACCAUUGGGAAAAUGUUGCCUUAUAAACCACAAGGAAAGUGAGAGGUAUCAAUACUUAGAUAUUCCCAACAGCUUAAGUUACUGCCUUAACACUUCAGAAAGCAAAACCCUUUGAAGCUGCAGGGGAUGAGGAUAAAGGAUUUGGGGGCAGUAGUGGCAUUGUUAGCCCUUUACUAAAGGGACAGAUGGACAUUUUAUGUAUAAAUACCAAAGAUAAGAGAAGCUGGACCACUCUUAAGUUGUGACAACUUGCUGCGAGAACCUCUAUAAUAAUAAUUGUUAUACAUUUUUAGUACUUGUGUUUUAAAGUCUGAAACCUCAGUUUUGAGAUAAAGCUUUUAUAAGGCAUUAAGGAACAGUCGGGUACCUCAUUUCUGUGCCUUUCAGGAGGAGCCACAGGGCUGCAUAGAAUCCUCUGAAAGCCUUGGACAUCCCUUUCUGCUGGUAGGUUUUGUAUCACAGUCACACCUGUAUCAUUGUUCCAUCUCUAUUAGCCAAACCUUUGUAUUAGCUGCUGGUCUAUGGCUUGAGCUCAUGUACAUCUGUUUUCAAGCUGCUAAGCAGGGCUGUGUUUGUUGACUGCAUUUCUUUUUACCCAGCUGGACUUCUAGGAAAGAUCCUAAUCUGAAUUUCCAAUGCAUCUGAACUUGAACUGUGCUGCCACUUCCUCUUUCUAUCAUAAACCUGCACCAAGUGUUUCUUAUCACUGUGCCCUGACUCUGCCUUAAGCUGUAAUUUGAAGUGUUUUCUGUAAAUACAUGGAGAGCUGUUACUGAAUUGCACUGUAGAAUUUGGCAGAUGUAUCGAGCGAGGGCAGGGGAGCCAACUUUGUAUGGAACAAUCUUUGCAUUGGGGUAUGUAAAUAAAAUCCUCUUAGUAAACACA